AUGUGGCUUUUCAAAGUUUUCGCCUUAUUUUUACUCUAUUUUUCGAAAUUUUCCCUUUCCGCUGAUCAUUUCAUCGAUUUGCAAAUCAAUAAAGGCACCGUGAAUGCGACGAUUCGGGGCAUUGAGCACGACUAUGGACGCUCGUUUCGCGGGAUUCCUUACGCUCAAAAACCCAUUGGAUCACUGCGUUUUAUGUCAGCUCAACGCGCUGAUCCCCGUGGGUUCAUCAAUGCGACAGGCUAUGCGGCGGCUUGUGCCCAACAAUGGGACUCGAACAGUCAAGAGGAUUGUCUGUACAUCAAUGUAUUUACACCGGUUAAUAUGACGUCAGCUGCGAAGCUUCCGGUCUUCGUCUGGAUCUAUGGAGGCGGAUUUGUUGGUGGAAACGGUAAUUUGGGUGGUGGGAUGUACUCGAAUUUGAUCAAUCGUGGCCCGUUGAUCGUUGUCUCGAUGAACUAUCGUGUUGGAGCUUUUGGUUUCCUAACAACUAGAACCUACGACGCGCCCGGGAACGCAGGGAUCUCCGACGUGACUGUCGGCGGGCAAAGCGCUGGCUCCGAGGCGGCCUCGUUCGUUUCACUGAGUCCCUGGGGGCUGGGCCUUUAUCGUGGCCUCAUUCUCGAGUCCGGUAGCGCUUUCGGCGCUGCUUUGAUGUCCUACUCGGAGAAAACGCGAAAUACCACAAAGGAUUUAGCGAUAAGGCUCGGCUGUACAACGAGUGCCGACUAUGAUCAAGGUCGAUCGUUCCAUGACAUUGUUUUGUGUCUGCAAAGCAAGAAAGCCGCCUCGAUCAUGUCCGUUGAUGAUCAGCUGCCAAAUCAUCGAAUGAAAUGGGCGCCCGUUCAGGACACGAAUAUUCUGCCACAACGCCUCGAGAAUCUGGCUCGUUUACGGCAACAAGUGCCCGUUUUAGUUGGCGAUGUAAAGGAUGAAUGGGUUGGAUGGGAUCAAUCUUUGAUUACAAAUAAUCUGAAAUGCUCCUACGAAAUGACAUAUUGGGAUAAACAGGACGAUGUGACAAAAGCUUGUCCCAAGAAAUACACAGAAAAUCAACCGUUCAGCGAUACGGAUUCAAUCCAAUGGGCUUCUACGCAUAUCCGGCUCUUCUCCGAGAUGGUUUUCGUCGGUCCAGCGCUUCGAGACGCUAAAUAUUUCUCGUAUACUGGCAGCGAUGUCUUUCUUUACUCGUUCGAUUAUUUGAAUCCAGCUGCCAUCCCGGAAGAGAAUAUCACAGCCUUGCGGGGCGUCCCCCAUGGCUGGGAACUUCAAUACAUUUUCAACGACGGACACUCAUGGCCAACGACUGAUAAUGACACGAAAACCACGGAGCUUAUGGGGAAAUUGUGGACGAAUUUCGUUCUCUAUGGGAACCCAACUCCAGCCAAUGGGCUCAAGACCGGAUUCACUUGGCCAACGCUGUCGGCUGCAGGGGAUACAAAUGAGUAUGUUUCCCUUGGACCAGACGCAAUUGUAUCGAAGAAUUACCAUCCGAGUGCGAUGUUUUGGGUUUGCGAUGCGCCGACGAUCGACGGAUGGAAGCCACAAUAUUGUGCA